AUGGCGACCAACUCGCUGUCGAUCAACGGCACGAGUCCACACCACCAGGCGUGUGUGCCUCUUGCCUACUCGCAGCCGGCGACCAAGUCGUCGCUGAAGUUACGGGUCGAGUACGACGCGUCAUUUCGCGGUAAGAAGUUGAAGAUCAAAGGCAAAGAACUCGAGCACGUGCCGCGCGAACUCUUCUUGAUGGACGAACUCGAGAUUCUGGACCUGAGUCCCGAGCGGCCCGCCUGCCUGUUCUUUCGUCUGCCGAAACUUUCGCCGGCCAUCGGUCGUCUGCACAACCUACGCGUGCUCAUCCUCGACACGAACGAGCUGCAGACGAUACCGGCGCAGAUCAGCCAUCUUAAAAAUCUCGAGCAGCUGUUGCUUAGCAACAACUUCUUGGCGCGGCUGCCGGACGGCUUUGGCGCACUCGCGAAUCUGACGAGUUUGCACCUCGCCAACAAUCGCUUUGCCGAAUUUCCUGGCGAGAUUACAUCGCUCACGAAGCUCACCUUCCUCGACCUGUCGUCGAACCGUCUGCGACGCGUCGCCGACGAUGUCGGCCGGCUGCGCCGGCUUGAAACGCUGUUGCUGCUCUACAACGAGCUCACGGAGCUGCCAGAGAGCAUCGGCAAGCUGCGUCGGCUGCGCACACUCUGGCUCGGCUGCAACAAGCUGCAGAAGCUCCCGCGCAGCUACGCCGACCUGCGAGGGCUCUCCUGCUGUGCCGCUGGAUACGUGACGGCCAUGAUGGAUGGCAACCCACUCCCCCUUGGUCCUCCCCCGCGCGUCUACCGAGCCGGCUUCGACGCCGUGCGCGAAUGGAUGCAGCGGGGCGGGGAGGAUGCGGAGCAGACGGAGGAGGCGGGAGACUUGGAUGCCGGAACGGACGAACCGACAGAUGCGACAGAUGACCCGGACGCGGUGGGUGAUCCGGAUGGGUGCGGUGACCUCGAUGGCAAUGACGCGAGUGAUGUGGAGGACAGGGGAGAAAUGUUGAGAAGCGAUACACAUGAGUCGUAA